GGAGCGCGGGAAAGGCGGGAAGGGACGAGGAGGCUCCCACACAGCCCUGGGACUCGCAGCCUCCGCCAGAGCCAAGCCCGGUGCCACCCGCGCCCCCGGGAAGGACCAGGAUGGCCAGACAAGAAGAGCAGUUUCUGGUUAAUCUGCAAACAGACUAUCCUGAUACAGUGAUAGACAUUGGGGAAAUAGUUUUAGGAGGCAGGAACCGAAAGAAGACCUCUGAGAUUCAGAAAAUGCAACAAAAGAAACUUGCUCAAGCAGCGUGUGCGUUGCUGAAUUCGGGAGGAGGAAUAGUGAGGAUGGAAAGUAAAACUGCAGGUUACUCCUUGCAGGAGCAUGGGAUUGGUCUGGACAUAGAGCAGAGCCUCAGGGAUUGCAUCAGCGGCUCCGAGACGAGCGAGUACUUCACCUGGAUGCAGCAGCAGAGCCACUUGCUGCUUUUUGUUAAAACAUGGAGCUGUGGAGAUGCAGAGCAGAAAACUGCAGGCACAAAGCCACGUAUCUGUAGCUUGAGCACUGGUUUGUCCUGCAGGUCUUUCACUUCAGUUGAAUCUAUGACUGCAAGCGAGUUUCUGAGAAGGAAGGAAAGCAGGGCCAAUGCAAAGCCCUGCAAUGAGGAUGGGCCAAGCCCUAAGGAAGCUCUGCUGAAUGUUGAUGAGGGAGCAAGGGACAGCCCGAAGAACACUGAGGAACGAAACAUCCGAGAUGCUGCUGCCAGGUUCUUAAAAACAAGAUAUGAACUGACAGCUGGGGAGGUCCUAGACUUCACAGAGUCAACACAUGUUGAAUUUAAGAACUUCUCUACAAAGAAUAUCUUGGUCUACAUUAGGAAAAACCUUCCAAAAUAUAUCUCUGCCUUUGCAAACACUAAGGGUGGUUAUUUGUUUAUAGGAGUGGAUGACGACGGUAUAGUCACUGGAACCCCUGAGGAGGUGGGGAAGGAAGCUUUAGUGAAAACAGUAGCUGAUACCAUAGGCUCGAUGGCUGUCUAUCACUUCUGCAGCUCACAGGCAGGCGUGCAGUACAAAACUUACAUCCUGAAUGUUUCUGAUGACUCCAGAGACUUCCAGAGCUUUGUCUGUGCCGUGCAAGUUGAACGCUUCUGCUGUGCUGUGUUCCAUGAUAACCCCGAAUCCUGGGAGGUAACGGGUGGCAGAGUGGAGAGAAUGAGUGCGAGGAGAUGGACAGAGCUGAUGACAGCUGCAGACCCAGAUCUUUCAAAUCUGGCUGAUAAAUUCACGAAUGAACUCAGCUUGGCAAAUGGUCCUCCUCUUAUAAGGCCAGUUUAUUCAAACGCUGGUCUCCAGCCUGUGUCUGAACUCCAAGAAUGCCUCUAUCCAGUGGGUUCUAAUGAAAUCAUAUGGAAACCAGAAGCCAUCUGCACUGACCUGUUCUCAGAGUACCCUGGAUUAAAGGAUUUGAUGAAAAAACAAAUCCACCCACUGAGCAAGGGGAUACUGAUAUUUUCAAGGAGUUGGGCUGUUGAUAUUGGAUUGUGGGAAAAACAGGGUGUUGUGUGUGAUGCUCUCUUAGUAGCUGAAAACACAUUCCCAGUCUUGUACACUGUGCUCAAGGACCCCUCUUCUGCUGAAUCUGAAAGCUUGAGAGAAACAGCAUACAAACUAAAGCAGGCGCUGGUCAACGAUGGGGGAUAUGCUUCCAAACUCUGUGUGAUCCUCAAAAUACUUCACCUGAAUGGCCCAGAGGACCAGAUGGAAGUUGCAGAGGUUGAUGUUCCCCAGCAAGCAAAUCCAUUGGAUUAUUCCAGUUUGUACCCAAAGGAUUAUGUCCUCACCUCCAGGGAUGUCAGUGACUUCCUGCGGGCGCUGGUGAUUGUUGUGCUGAGAUUUAAGUCCUUCUUAAGUGACUCUCUGGGCUGUGAGAUUUUCAGCCUUCUCACUCUCAAACAGUAUGAGCUGCUCUCCAAAAACCUGCACAAAGUCAAGGAGCUGUUUGUCAUUGGCCUUCCUGGAACAGGGAAAACAAUCAUGGCUUUGAAGAUUGUGGAGAAAAUACGAAACAUCUUUCACUGUUCUGCACAAGAGGUACUCUACAUUUGUGAAAAUAAACCCUUGAAGAACUUUGUGGGAAAUAGCAUCUGCCAGUCUGUGACACGUGCUGCCUUCUUAGGGAGGAACUUUCCAGAAGUGAAACACAUUGUGGUUGAUGAAGCUCAGAAUUUUCGUUCUGAAGAAAACUGGCACGGACGUGCCCAGGAGCUAGUGAGGAAAAAUAAUGGCAUUUUCUGGAUUUUCAUGGAUUUCUUUCAGACCACUCACCCGUAUGAUUGUGGUCUUGAUUUUUCAGAACUAUAUCCUCAGGAAUGGUUGACCAAAGUGGUCCGUAAUGCCAAAAAUAUAUGCAAAUUCAUGUUUGAUCGAAUGGAGGAAAUCCUCAAAGAACGUAAGAUACUGAUGCCCUAUGGGGUGCUGGAAGAGUUGUUUAAAGAGGCUGAAUGUGCCCAUUCUUUCUUAGGUUACUACAAAAUAAAAAGAAAUAUGGAAACAUCUGAAAUGGUAACGUAUGUGACCGAGGAGUGCUGUGCCUACUUUAAGCAAGGCUAUUCUGCCAGAGAUAUUGCAGUCCUGUGCAGCACUGGGCCUGCAGCCGAUAUGUUCCGUUUGGACCUGGAACCUGAGCUAAAAAGACAAGUAAGAAAAUGCAAGGUGAGGCUGUCCCUGGGCACAGCAGUGGAUGUUUCAGAAAACGUCAUUGUCAUUGACAGCAUCCGACGCUUCUCAGGCCUGGAGAGGAGAAUUGUGUUUUGCAUCCACCCUAACCCUGCACAACAGGAAAUAUCUCUCAAUCUUCUGCUCUGUGCAGCAUCUAGAGCCCAAACCAAGUUCCAUUUGCUGUAUCACAAAGAAAAGAUGUUCCUAGGAGGCCUUUUUUUGACUUUUUGAUUCCAUGCCAAAACCCCCCCUACAAUUAUGCAGUCUCAUAUAUGUAUUUUGUUGGGUAGGCCUGUGGGAUGUCAUAAAGGGGAUUUUAAUUGAAGGACUUCACCACCUUGGGGGAGCAGAUUGCUGAAAAUGGCAAUUGCAGAAGGAAGUCAACAAUUACAAACUAAUUGUAUAAAUCACAGGACACUGUUUCGAUUCCUCUGCUCUUUAAGCUGACUGCACAUUCUGACUUGUUUCAGCACUACAGGGCAGAACCACGGGUUGGAAAUGCCACAGGGGCUGUCCCUGUUUAAGUCCCCGCUGUGUUUCAGAUUGUGCCCAUUGCCUCUGCUCCUGUCACUGCAUGAGGUCUCCUGAGCCUUCUCCAGGCUGAGCAGUCCCAGUCUUUCCUCAUAGGACAGAUGCUCCAGACCCUUCAUCACUUUCAUGGCUCUCUGUUGCACUCUAUCCAGUAUGCCCAGUAUGUCCCUGUCUUUCGUGUACUGGGGAGCCCAAAGCAGGUGUGACCUCACCAGUAUUGGGGAAGAAUUUGCUCCCUCGACUUGCUGCCAAUACCCCUCCUGAUGCAGCCCAAGUCAUCAGUUGCUCUUUUUUGCUACAAAGGCACAUUUCUAGCUCAAGUUCAACUUGGUGUCCAUCAGGACCCCCAGCAGCCUUCUCUGAAGAGCUGUUUCCCAGUUGACUCAGUCCCCAGCACAUACUGCUGCCUGGGGCUGGCCUUUCCAAUUCUCCUUGUUGAACUCCAUGGUGUUCCUGGCAGCCAAUUUCUUCAGCCUGUCAAGGGCCCUCGCUUUGAUGCUUCUCCCUUGUGCUCCUCUUUUGGCAGCUGCUCACAUCUGUACCCACCAGAGCUGCUUAAAAACUGCAGUGGCUCACCGAGAUUUCCUCAUUCUAACUGGGACUGUUCAAGCAUGGGAGCUGACAACCUGUUCCACUAAAAUGUGUGUGUGCUGGCAGCCUCCUCCUCACCGCCAGGUCAACCCUACCUUGAGCACUGUGGCUCUUCAAACCCUGACCAUGCUGUAAGGGACCAGACAGGGAAACCACUGUACUCCCUCCAUUGGACCCUCAGCAAUCAAACCACCUCUGCAACCCCCUGAACAAAUAAUCCUCAUGAGCAUUCCCAAAGGGGCUGCUGGAGAGGUGGGAGACAGUUGUGAGGGUCUGCAGGUGGCCUGGGCAGGACAGAGGUGAGGGCUGGAGAGUGAAGUGCAGCCCCCAUCACACACCCCAAAGCUUUGGGAGUUUCCCUGACACCAACCCUCCCCGUUGGCUGGUCCAAUGCUGGGUUCAGGUCUGGUGAUUUUGUUAUCUCUUACCUUUUCUUUUCCCACUCAAUCUUGCUUGCUUUUUCUCUUUUACUUUCCUAAAGUCAUUAAGUUAUCACCAAUUUUUCCCUGGUUACUCAGCUUUAGCAUUCUUAUAUUGUGUUUUUUUUGUGAUCUAAAUAAUCAACCUUUGUG